AUGCGUCUUAUGCUCCUUUUCUUGAUUCACCACUCGACACCCGCGCUUAAGGACCCCUCGAAGAAGUACAAGAAGUUUCCGCCGCUCAAUCUGCCCAACCGCCAAUGGCCGUCCAAGACCAUCGAUAAGCCCCCGAGAUGGCUUGCUACAGACUUGCGGGAUGGCAACCAGAGCUUGGUUGACCCCAUGAACGGCGACGAGAAAUGGAGAUACUUCAAGAUGCUGGUUGAGCUGGGCUACAAGGAGAUCGAGGUGUCCUUCCCAUCCGCAUCGCAGACCGACUUCGACUUCACGAGACGCAUCAUAGAAACUCCCGGCGUAGUCCCCGAUGAUGUCUGGAUUCAGGUGCUCUCCCCAUGUCGUGAGGAUCUGAUCCGCCGAACCGUCGAUUCCCUCAAGGGUGCCAAGAAGGCCCUUCUACACAUCUAUCUUGCCACAAGCGAUUGCUUCCGGCGCAUUGUAUUUGGCUUCACUCAGGAGGAAAGCAUUGACCUGGCCGUGAAGUGCACAAAGUUCGCGCGGUCAAUUACCAAAGACGACCCCUCCCAAGCAGGCACGGAGUGGGCCUUCGAGUUCAGCCCGGAGACCUUCUCGGAUACCAGCCCUGAAUUUGCCAUCCGGAUCUGCGAGGCCGUCAAGGCGGCCUGGGAGCCCACGACGGAGAACCCCAUCAUCUUCAACCUGCCUGCCACUGUCGAGAUGGCUACGCCCAACGUCUACGCCGACCAGAUUGAAUAUUUCUGCACCAACAUUACUGAGCGAGAGAAGAUCUGCGUUUCCCUCCACCCACACAACGACCGAGGUUGCGCGGUUGCUGCUGCAGAACUUGCUCAAAUGGCCGGCGCAGACAGAGUAGAAGGCUGUCUUUUCGGUAACGGCGAGCGGACUGGCAAUGUCGAUCUCGUCACUUUGGCCUUGAACCUAUACACCCAGGGCAUCUACCCUAACAUUGACUUCUCAAACCUCAACCGGGUAAUUGACACAGUCGAGAUUUGCAACAAGAUACCCAUCCACCCUCGAGCUCCUUACGGCGGCUCCCUUGUUGUGUGCGCCUUCAGUGGCUCUCACCAGGAUGCCAUCAAGAAGGGCUUCGAGGCCCGGAAGGAAGGCGCCAAUGCUUAUGAUGACCAAUGGGUUAUACCUUAUCUGCCUCUCGACCCACAGGAUAUUGGCCGCACUUACGAAGCCAUCAUCCGCGUGAAUUCGCAGAGUGGCAAGGGCGGUGCGGCUUGGAUUAUUCUGCGGAAGCUUGAACUGGAUCUCCCCCGAGGUCUACAGGUUGCCUUCAGCAGGGUGGUGCAAAAGAACGCCGACGAGCUUGGAAGGGAGCUUUUGUCGGAUGAAAUUAGCCAACUAUUCGAGAAAACAUACUUCCUCAAGGAGAACCCUCGCUUCAACAUCCUCGACUACUCUAUUUCAAUAGAUCGGUCGGCCUCCCCGGUGCCCCCGGCAUCGGGUAAGACCCAGGAAACCAGAAACCUCCCCAGAAGAUUCGAGGGUAUCGUUGCUAUUGAUGGCAAAGAAUACCAGCUUUCCGGCCGUGGAAACGGACCCAUCUCGUCCUUGGCAAAUGCUCUUAAGGGCGUUGGUAUCGACCUCGACGUGGCCGACUACAGAGAACACUCCAUAGGAGGCGGUCGUGGAGUUAAGGCGGCCACGUAUAUUGAGUGCACAGCAUCGGGCACGUCACAGAAGGUGUGGGGUGUUGGUAUCCAUGAAGAUGUCGUUCAGAGUUCCCUCAUCGCGCUCUUGAGUGCAGCCAGCAGUUUCAUCCUCAGCCGCCCUGGAAGUCCCAUCACGGUCAAGGCAAUCCCGCGCCGUACGCUAAGCCAGGAGCUCGAGCUCAAUGAUGGUUUGAAGGCUCCGGACAAUGUCAAUGGACAAAAGAGCUCAGAAGGUGUGCCGUCUAACCUCGUCAAUAUCCUGGAAGCAAAGGCAAAUGGCAUGUAA